AUGGUGGGCGCUUGUCAUGUUCUCCAGCAGAUUCAGGAAAACGAACAAGAGCGUUUGCUUGCACUGGAGCGAGAAGAACAGGAGCAGGCUCUGGCUCGACAAAAGAUGGUGGAAAUGAUGAAGGACGAGUUGGCGAAGCGAGCUGAUAAAAGGUCGAAGCAAGAGAUUCUCCGGGCAGAAUUGAAUGAGGCUAAUAACUUGAUAAUGGAGCGACGAAAGCGGGAGAAUCAACUUGAAAUACUUAAUGAUAUGAAGAUUUUAGAAAUUCAAAAGCUAAAAGCAGUGAGCUCUAUUAGACUUUCUAUUUUUGCUGCCGUCAUGAGUUCAAAUAACGAUUUUUUUUCACUUUUUGUUUGA